AAAAGGAAAAAGAAUGAUGCGUAUAAAGAUGGCGUUCCAUAGAUCAAAGCUUUUUCUCUUUCUUCAUUACGACCACUUCAGAACUUGGCAUCGGCCAUUCUUACGGUCUCUGUUUCUCUCGAGGUUCCUUUAACUUUUUUUGCCGAUCUUAUAGGCGCCGUCUUUCUCUUUGCACGUCCCUCUCGUUCCCUUAUUCCUCAACGAACCUCGACUCAAAAUUGUAAAAAUGACAAUCCUCAUAUCUUCCCUAUUUCUGGGCGCUCUCUUAAGUGGCUCUUUUCUUCCCUGCGUCAAUGCGCAUGGUCAGAUCUUGGGUGUCUCUGCCAAUGGAGUCUACAACGAUGGUCCAAAUAUUUACUACUCCGGCGACGCCAAGAACGCUGUCACUGCUGUCCGUACAAUGUACGAAGCGUCCGGGCCUUCGUACAAUCUUCCAACCGAUUUUACCGACGAUUCAAAAAUGGCCUGCGAAGGAGCAUCUGGCGCCCCAGCUACCAUACAGGUCUCCGCAGGUACUGACAUUCAGAUCGAUUGGGUCGGUGCCACUUCCGAACUUCUCAAUAAGCCUGGUACUGGAGACAAGACUUGGCCUGAUGGAGAGUACCCUUGGGUUCAUGCAAUGGGAACCGUCGCAACAUAUAUGGCUUCCUGCACCAACGGUGACUGUACCACUUUUGAUGCUUCCCAAGGCAGUUGGGUUAAACUCGAGAUGGACGGUCUUGAUCUUUCCCAGUCGAUCUCAGAUGAUUUAAGGAGCACAAUGGCCGGUAAGCCAGAGGCAUACUAUCCUACCGGCGCUGGUCUUUGGGGUAUGGCCAAGUUCGUCCAGGAUGGAUCUUCUUGGAACGUGACUGUACCUUCUGGGUUGCAAAACGGUCAAUAUAUCGUUCGUCAUGAGCUCAUGGCAGUCCACAACCCUCUUACAUCUUCCGAUGCAACAACUGGUCCUCAAGUUUAUGUUGGCUGCAUCCAAGUGGAAGUUAUCGAUGGUGGCGAUGUUACCCUUCCCGAAGGUACUCCUGCUGGAUCACUCUAUGCGCCCGACGGUGACUUCGCUCAAUACAAUGUGUACUCGGACAACGGCGCUAACUUUGUAAAUCCUGGUCCGGCGGUAUGGGACGGUGCUUCCAGCUCGUCAUCGUCGAGUUCCUCUUCUUCCUCUGCUUCUACGAGUGUUUCUGCAUCCUCUUCGACGGUGGACUCCUCGUCUACGCCGACAUCUUCGUCUGCCUCCGUUGCUUCAUCUAGCUCCACAAGCAAUUCAACCACCUCUGCCGCCACCUCUGCCUCUACCUCAUCUGGAAAGUGUAGAAAGCGUCGCAAUGCAAAGCGCAUGGUGCAGAAACGCCGCCACUCUUUUGGCCAUGCAACACACUAAUCGCUUUUGGUAAUCUCUUUGCCAACGAUGGCUUGAUGCCCCCUGUUUCUAUCUUUUUCUUGCUUGCUUGAAGUUUGUCCCUUUCUUUUCUUGCCUCCUUUCUGAUGUUGGUCAUCUCGCUCAUUUUCCUUUCAUGUCUAAUUGCUUGAGUCGUAGUACAGGGAUUCGGUGUACUAGAUGCCCGUGAUGAAUUUACGUGUAUAUAGUCCUAGCGACAUAUGUAUGUAUGAUCUUCUGUAUUUACUAUUGACGCUAGCCGUAGUAUUCUUGUAGCACUAGACAAUAAAAACUCCUUUUGUGUUUUCCAUGUCC